AUGUGCUACUUUGCAAGAACUGAUUAUCGAUGCGGGGACUGGAAAUGGGGCAAUAUGAAAGUCCGCUGUCAGAGACAACCUCGAAUUGGCGAGACAUGUGGUGCCAAACUUGUUGACACAGAAAAUGUGACAAAAAUCGGUGAUGAGUGUAGGCUUUGCCAGGAGAUCAAAGUUAAGCAGAGACGGCUGCAGAAAGAGAAGGACAACAUCAAACGGUGGAGCCGGGAAGGGACUAGGUUUUCAAGCCUCAUCGAGAAGGCUCAGCGUGACGCCAAAGACCUCGAGGACACGAUUGCAGAGAUGAUAGGCCGACGGCCAUCGAUUACCGCAAGCAACAACUAUCUGGCUCGAGGAGGGCCGGUGAGCGCUCCUUUGUCUGGAAGCCUGAGCGCCGACCCAUACUCGACCACGACAUAUGCUAGCCCAGCAUAUGGCGGUUACAGCAGUAACGGUUAG